CGACAGCCUCGGGCCACUCAAUUGCUGUCGUCUGUUUCCCAUGUCUUUCCGCAGACAUGCAUAUAGGCAUACCGUUCCGCCUUUAUCGCAUUGCUUAGUUGACCACGUGUGGAUAAGCGAGGAGUUCCUCGCGUCAACGUACCGACGGUUCGCAAACGGUCAACGUCGCUAUGAGAGCCGAGUACCAGGGCCAUUAGAGGCAAGGAGACGGUUAGCGAAACGAAAGAACACGGUUCUGGCUAGUCUAGCUGGCUCGGGGCCGCCGGAUGACAUUGGUUGCUUGUUUGGGCGCAAUGGCCGGGAACACAUGAAAUGGGUUGGUGGGCAAGCGCGAAAUGCACCGCAGGAGGUUCAAGGCUCGAGUAUCUAUCCAACUAGAUCUCCCGCCUUCCCUUCACCCUUACAUAACAAGAACGUCGACUCGAGCGAAUUUUCCAAAUCGCCUGGGUGGCCGGUGCCUUCGGAUAAAGUCGGCCAGGCGUCUUUCGAGCAAUGUUUGGAAGAGAACCUGAAAAACUGCCAAACGGUAAUAGCUAUUCAGGAUGUUGUCCGUAAAUUGCAACUCGAUCUUCAGCGGCAACCUGCUUAUAGCCGAUUAAUAUUCGAGCAUUUACUGUCACAAAUGGCUAACCAUAGAUGGGCAUUUGACGAGCUCGUCAAGUUUCUGGACGACCCGCAUUUGAAUACUUGGGGGGCAGGAAAUUAUCUAUGUACAGUGAACCGCUUUGUCUUUCACCAGGGAGAUCUGGCCAGGUGGAGCGCUCCCCUGGGCAGUGUUACUACAGCCCUGCAGCUGGGGAGAGUUCCUGAAGAUGAAAUUUGUCAAAUUAUAGAGGCCCUGUUUGAUAGAGUUGUCGGAAGUGGUAAGGUGAAACAACGGGUCGCGAGACGUCUAGUUGCUUUCUAUAGGAAAAUGUGGGAUGCGAUUGGAUGGUGCUCCAUCUCCGAGUAUGAAGACCUAGACAAAAAAAUAAUUGAGACAUGGCUUGGAAGGUUAGAGAAGAUGGGCACACACGACUCUUUUCUCCUAGCCAGAGAUAUACUCAUCGCAACCCAAGGCCAGGAUUCCGCAAUUCGUUCCCGGGCUCCGUUGUUUGUUGCACAACUUCUGGAAUCUUCGGAAUCCUUGCGUCAUGAAUCGGAUGCAGACCACAUAACCACGCUUCUGAGUCACUUGAAACCUGAUGCCGCCUCAUCCUGCAUAAUCACAGUCACCGAAUCGCUAGUUUCUGCUGGGAAACAACACUUACUGGAGCCUUGGAAGGAUCAUUUACGCCGACUUCACUAUACGAAGAUCUGCGAUAUUGCUUCCUCACCCCUUUGGCACAACAUACCAGUUGCCUCUUCCCCAAGCACCUCUUUCCUUACACAGCAACAACAGAUAAUCUUGCGACUUUGGGUCUUGCGAAUCUUUAACAUCUGCCUUCCUGGAGGGCCAGUAUGGCGAAAAAUUGCGAAGGCGUCAGAUGAUCCCAUAAUCCGUCUUCUCACCCUCUACCAAAAUAAUGUGGACGAGGUCAAUAUGGGGAGCCUUUUGAGCAGCCUCAGGGAAGGAGUCCAUAACCUCGGCAUGCCGCCCAGCGGCAUUUUAAUACUGGCCGUUGAUGCAAAGAAGGGAAAGCGAAUGACAAAAGCUACCCGCAGUACGCUGACUAGGCUAGAGUCUUCAAGCAUACCCCUUCUUGAUCUUUUCGCAAAUGCGGAUGAUUACAAUAAGAUGGUCCGGCAUCUUUUUUCUGACUUUGAAAAGUUGGUACGACAAAUUAACGUCACGAGCCCUCUAUUUGUGGAGAGUAGUAUUCAUAUCGCAAGUACCGGCGACAUUCAAAGUGUCAUGACAUUGAUUCGAAUACUUCGUUCUCAUACACCUCUGAAGCUUGCCUUGUCUAAAUCAUGGGAUCCCAUCCUGGAACCUUCGAAGAAGGACGACUACCCGGAGCAAAGCACAAGCGAAUAUCCCGACCCCCGCGCUGCCGUUGACAUGAUACAUCUCAUUGCCCUUUCCAUUGCGAGCUCGAAGAAAUUGAGCGCCCGUACUGCGUACGGUCUAAUUCGCUGGUUAUAUUGUUUCCUAGUGAAAUAUGGUGCACCCGUGAAGCCGACUCUUGUACGUGCUAUAUACCAUGCUGGGGUUGUACGGUACCGAAAGGAGGAUAAAAACAUACCGCGCGCACAGUACAAAUAUAUCCUGGAUCUUGUGAGGGAGAUUGAAGGGCCUGAAGUCUUGGAUACGUUGGUAUCGAGGAUUGGUCAGUCUGGCUCAGCUACCAGUCAACUUGAACUUCAAUGAACCUCGCCUCGCCGUACAAAAUCUUAAAGAUGAUAUGGAUAUUGCGAUAAAGCGGCUAUGAGUUAUAUAACCCAGUUGGCUUUUGAUGUUGUGUAUACCGCAUUACUUUUAUAAAUAGACUUGCGCAGCUGGCCGAAAAUAAGACUCGAUCAGCUGGAGAUUAUCUGGAAUACAUGCUCUCUAGUUUUAACAACUACUGACCGCGAGACAGGUACAUGGCGUUUUA